GAAGCAACAUUUUCAAAAAUGAUCCUCAAACUUCAGGGCCAGGCUAGACUGGCAGGCCCGACUCCCCCCGGCUGGAAGAGUGACCACACGUUUGAGGGGUGCAGCGUCAAUUAACACCAUGCAGUCCAUGCCUGGGGAUGCAGGCGGCAGCAGCUCAGCUCCCAGCGACCCGUCUGGCUCGGUAGUGCAGGUGUGUUUCCCCAGCGCUCAGGCCUCUGUGCUGGACAGCCUGAACCGGCAGAGAGAGGACGGGAAGCUCUGUGAUCUGUCCAUCCAGGUCCAGGGACAAGUUUUCAAGGCACACCGCUGCGUCCUUGCUGCCUCCUCUCCCUACUUCCAUGAUCAGGUACUACUGAAGAACAUGUCCACGGUCUCUAUCCCAGCAGUGAUGGACCCACUGGCGUUUGAGAGCGUGCUGAGCUGUGCCUACACAGGCCAGCUCCGUAUGCUGCGUGAGGACAUCGUCAAUUACCUCACUGUGGGCAGCGUCCUACAGAUGUGGCACAUCGUGGACAAAUGCACUGAGCUGCUCAAGGAAGGUCGGGCUGCGGCUGCGGGAGGGAGUGGAGGCGGAGUCCAGGAUGGUGGAGGUGUGAGUGGGGGCUCAGGGUCAGCUAACUCUGGGUGUAGCAGCAGCAACGUUGAUGGUGGUGCAGGUGGGGGUUCUGUAGGGGCUGGAGGUGGAGGUGGAAGCAGUGGUGGUGGUCAAGCCGAGAUUGUAGCGUCCAACGACCCCCAGCGUGCCUCCCAGCCCCCCAGCCGCCCAUCACUGAGCGAGAGCCAGUCUCCCAGUAGCACCAACUACUUCAGCCCGAGGGACGGCAGUGCAGCCACAGCUGGGACUUCAGGAGAUGGAGGAGGCGCUAACAACACCCCCAGCUACUGCACCCCUUCUGGAGAGGAGGCCUUUCUCAUCGAAGAGGAGGAGGAGGAAAUAGAAGAGGAAGAGGAGGAGGUGUUGUACCACCAGAGGAAGAGGGGAAGAGGAGGAGGAGGAGGAGGCGGCAGCGGGAGGAGGAAGAAGAUUAGUUCAUUGUCAGAGCAGGAAGUUGGGGUCAGCGAUAGUUUUGGCGUGUCUUCCUAUCAGGAUGGAGAGGACUCUGCCUUGCCACCCCAAAAGCGCCCCACCUAUAGCCAACCCAGCAUCAUGCCUCGCAAGCAGUGGGUGGUGGUGAAGACUGAACGCACCGAAGACGAUGAUCUCAUUGUGGUGUCCGGCGAGGAGGGAGGGGAAGAUGAAGAGGAGGAGGACGAGCGGGAGGUGGAGAUGGCCAGAGAGAGGGAGCGAACUGACUUCAACAUUUCCAACGUUAGAAGCUUGUCUGGAGAAUUAGGAGGCAGAGCUGAGACUGACAUGGACUCACAGGUGGACUACUGCCAGUCUUCAGAAGACUACCUCAAGUUUGAAAACAGUUUAAUGGAUCAGACACUAGCCCAGCACCUUCAUGACGGCACUGCAGGUCAGGGCCAGAGUGCUAAUCGGGCUGUUUCAGCACUGCUGGGCCAAGUUCAGUCUGCAGCCACAGCACGGGCGCAGCUCUUCCCCUUAGACAUGCAGGGGAACCAGAUUCUCCUCUACAGCCAAGCGUCUGGACUCUCCCUGGACGCUGCCCCACCGUCCCUGGGCAUGACAGGCAGCAUGGUCGGAGGAGCCUCGUUUAAAGGACCCAACCUAGAGCACGGCGCGGUCCAUUUGUCUGUGCAGGGGGGGUUAGGUGUCGAAGGCAUGGACAGUGGGGGGAUCAGCAGUGGUGGUGGGAGUGGCGGUGGCAUUGGUGCGGGGGGUUCAGGGAAAGUGUUUAUGUGCCACUGCGGUAAGACAUUUACCCACAAGAGCAUGAGGGACCGUCACAUCAACAUGCACCUGGACCUGAGGCCCUUUCACUGCCCCGUCUGUGCCAAGAAGUUCAAGAUGAAGCAUCACCUCACGGAGCACAUGAAAACCCACACGGGCCUCAAGCCGUACGACUGCCUCGGCUGCGGCAAGAAGUUUAUGUGGCGCGACAGCUUCAUGAGACACCGCUCGCACUGCGAGAGGCGCAGCGGACUUGGAGAUGGUAGCGAUGGAGGCAGUGGUGGCGAGGGAGGAAGAAGAGGUGGAGAAGAUGGGUCUGAUUUAAUGUCCUCCCCUCAUCUCCUCCUCUCUCCAGGGGAGGGAGGUCAGAGUGGUGUUCUAGGAGGAGUGGGCAGAGGAGGGAUGUCUGUUUUGUCUCCACAUCAUUCCAGUGCUGUUCUGUCACCACAGCAUCCCAGCGUCUCCACCGCUGGCAGUAGCAGCAGUAACGGCAGUAGUAGUAGUAACAGCAGUAGCUCUGGUCUGAGCAGCACCAUGGCUGCUGCGGGGGCGCUCCUUGGCGUCGUCUCCCAGAGCCCGGGUCAAGGUCAGGGCUCAGGGAUGUUUGGUGGUCUGGGAAUGAGUCGAAGUGUGUGUGAAGAAGACGUGUGUGAAGUUAGUGCCAAUGACAACAGCGUGACUUAAACCAAAUCAACACCUUGUGUCCACCAGGCACCUCUUUUUCAACUGGCUGCACAAUAUAUGGUGAUAGGAAAUGCCACUCCUGACUCCUGCUGUUCUUCUUUUUUGUGACUAUUAAAAACUUGUGUGAAGUGCAACACUCUUUUGCUAAAAGCUGAAACAUUUUUAACUGCCACUCUGGGCAGGGAAAACCAUUGUACUCUCACAGCACUGUUUGAAAACAUGCCCUUCCACUGUAAACAGUGGAAAAAGAAGCCAGUGGUGGAAAGAGAGGUUCCCUGUGGACACGCAGCCCAAGGAAGCUGUAGGCAUUUACAGAAAAAUCCGAGUUUGGGAUUCCAGUUGACUGCUGUGGUGUGAUAUUUGAAAAGACAACUUUUGGUAGUAUUGAUGCUAUCCUAAGUUACUUGUAACUGAAAAGACUUUGUUGAACAUGCCUCCUUAAAGUGGCCUAAUCGAAAAGGACCUUUGUCUCAGUGAGUAAGCUAUUGUUUUGAAUAUCCAAGAUUUCUUUUUUUGUUUGUUUUGUUUUUGUGGAGGAAUGCUGUGCGUCUCGAGAGGAAACCAAAAAUCAAUAGACAGUGCUUCACCAACAGUUACCUUCUGUGGCAACAUUAUAUCUGUAGAGUAGAAAAGUGGCUGUUCUAAAGUGCUGUGAUUUUCUGCAGUAUUGUACAGUAAUGUAUCACUGUUAAUCAAAAAAAAAAAAAAAAAAAAAAAAAAA